CAAUAGUGUUUGUUGAUAUUGGUUGAUACGGUUAGGGUUGAUACAAUAAAGAGUCGCGUGCUGAGACACUAAAUAUUAGCAUGGCUAAGGUGGUGGUCACUGGAGCAUCAGGCCUCCUUGGAAGAGCUCUGUAUCAGACAUUCAAAGAAGAAGGAUUUACUGUCAUCGGCUUCGCAAAAUCAAGGGUGUCUGCCGGCCUGCUCUCGGUGGACCUGCUGGACAGUGAUGAGCUGCGCGCGCGGCUGCGGCAGCUGGCGCCGCAGGUGAUCGUUCACUCGGCCGCCUACCGCUCGCCGGACCAGGUGGAGGCGGACGCGGCGGCCGCGCGCCGGAUGAACGUGCACGCCUCGCAGGUGAUCGCCGAGGUGGCCGCCGAGCUGGGCGCGCAACUGCUUUACAUCAGCACCGACUACGUGUUCGACGGCUGCUCGCCGCCCUACAAGGCCGACGACCCUCCCAACCCCGUCAACCUGUACGGCCAGACCAAGCUGGAGGGGGAGCGGGCCACCCUGCACGCCUGUCCCGGGGCUCUGGUGCUGCGCGUGCCGGUUCUGUACGGACCCGUCGAGCGGCUGGACGAGUCGGCUGUGACCGUGCUGCUACGCUGUCUGCUGGAGCCGCCGGCGGCCGGCUGCGCCGUCUCCGACCUCGAGAAGCGCUACCCGGCGCACGUGCGCGACGUGGCCGACAUCUGCCACCGGCUGCUGGAGAAGCAGCGUGAGGACCGGGCGGCCGUGCGCGGCGUGUACCAGUGGAGCGGCUCGGAGACGCUCACCAAGUACGGCAUGGUGCGCGCCAUGGCCGCCGUGUUCGGUCUGUCGGCCGAGCACGUGACGCCGACGCGCGCGCCGCCGCCGGCCGGCACGCGGCGGCCGCUCGACAGCCGGCUGGACACGGGCCGGCUCGCCGAGCUCGGCAUCGGCACCCACACGCCGUUUGCGGAGGGCAUCGAGCAGUGCCUGAGCGCCUGGCUGGAGAAGAAGGACGCGCCGCAGUAGCCGAACACACCGGUCGGUUGGAGGGCUGGUGGGCCGUAGCUCGCGCGGGAGGGCCGCCCCAGAGGAAGGUGGGAACGACGGGUGCGUCCGUGGCACCGCUGGUAGAACUGUGGUAAUCAGCAAUAUCUUAGAAAUUAACUUCUGCUGUGUGAUAGUGUAAUCGUGAAUGAGAUUAUAUGUAUGAAGUCUUCCAAUAUCUUCAACCAUGUUGUAACAAUCGUAUGCUCUAUCGUUUCUUCAGACUCGCUUUCACAAUCCACGUCAUUAAUCUAA